AUGCAUUUUUUGUAUCAAAUAAUUUUAGUAUUGUGUUGUUUUACAUUAAUAUCUUGUGAAUCGAAUUGCCACAAUUUUGAUACCUGUGGCGGGUGUAUUGGUUACGCGUUUGAUAGAUGCGUUUGGUGUGCGGCUAAAAAUCAUUCGGGACGGAGAUGUCAGUCCAAAAGUACUUUACCUGCUAACGCUACCUGGUGCGAUGAAGCUGUUUAUGAUCCAGAGUUUAAUAAAGACAUAGUAUCAGACGAAAAUUUUAAUACUGGACAGGAUGGAACGAAAACGAUUCAAUUUAGACCACAGAAUAUCAAAAUAAAGGUUCGUCCUGGUGUACCGGUUGAUUUCAUGAUGUCUUACAAACCUGCUACUGAUUAUCCAUUAGACCUUUAUUACCUCAUGGAUUAUUCUAAAACAAUGCAAGUCCACGCCACAACAUUAAUGGAACAGGGUUACAAGAUUUAUAAGGAGCUAUACAAACUCACUAAUAACGUGCGUUUGGGUAUAGGAAGUUUUAUCGAGAAACCCGCUUUACCGUAUGCUGAUAUUUCUGUGGCUGAGUCAUAUUCUUUCAAAAACCAUUUGUCGUUGACGGAUAAUAUGACAUUAUUUGAAAGAGCUAUAAACGGAACCCCAUUCGGAAGUAAUUAUGAUGAUCCAGAGGCUGGUUUCGAUGCACUGAUGCAAGCAAUGGUCUGCAUUAAGGAAAUUGGUUGGAGGGAAAAUUCGAGACGAAUUAUUGUACUUAGCACCGAUUCAACAUAUCAUAGUGCAGGCGACGGAAAAUUUGUGGGCGCGGUCUUAAAGAACGACAUGCAGUGUCAUCUUGAUGGAAAUAUUUAUGGAGAUAUGUCUUUGAAGUUUGAUUAUCCAUCCGUUGGUCAAAUAAAUAAUAUAGCAACGAAAAAUAAUUUUAAAAUUAUAUUUGCGGUGGAAAAGAAGGUCAUGCGCGAUUAUAAAGCUUUAGAGACGAAAAUUCAGGGUUCAAAAUAUGUGGAAUUAAAAACUGGUUCUAAAAUUGUCGAUAUGAUAAAAAAGGAAUAUUUGGAAUUAGUCAGAACUAUAACAUUAGAUGCUUAUAAUAUUCCAUCAGUCAUGGAAUUAAAUUAUGAACCUGACUGUAGCAGCGGUGCCUGUAACGUAGAGCAUAAUAAAACUUUGAAUAUUAAAGGCACUUUGACUGUCAGAUCCUGUCCAGAGAACAAAGAUGUAACCCAGUCUCUUAUGAUUGGACCUUUAUCUUUAAACGAAAAAUUAAAUAUUGAGGUUGAAAUAGAUUGUGAAUGUGAAUGCGAGAAAGCGAAAAAUCGUGAAGAAAAUUCAAAAUUAUGUAGCGAAAAUGGAACCUAUCAAUGUGGAGUUUGUAAAUGCAAUGAAAAUAGAUCUGGCGAUAUUUGUCAAUGUGUCGGAAAUUCACUGGAUACGGGAGAUCGAAAUAAAUGCAAAGCAAAGAAUGACAUUUUCCCAUGUAGUAUGUUUGGUACUUGCAGAUGCGGAAAGUGCGAAUGUCCAAAAGGGUUUUCUGGAGCUUACUGUGAAUUUAAUGAUAAUGCAUGUCCAAGUCCUGGGGGUUUGAUAUGCGCAGGACACGGUAACUGCAGUUUUGGAAGAUGCAUCUGUGAACCUCAUUGGACCGGUGAAGGUUGUAAAUGUCCCGAAAAUAACUGUAUGGCACCGUACUCCCAGGAAAUAUGUUCAGGGAACGGGGAUUGUGUAUGUGGCGAAUGUAAAUGCAAACCUAUGGCUAACAAUAAUAUAUGUUCCGGAAAAUUUUGUGAUGAUUGCGAGGAGCUGGCCGCAAAGAGAUGCAAAGAAUUAGAGGAAUAUGCUUAUUGUAAUUACAAUGCAAAUAAAACGAUUUGUGAUGAGACAUUUAACCACACAGACACUGAAGUUAUAUUAGUGAACAAAACAGAAAUUUACUCAGCCGAUUGGUACAUGGCCAAGAUGUGGUGCAGAAAAUAUCUUGAUGACGGACGUAUAUUGGUUUUUAAGUAUCAUUAUCCAAAUUCAACUACCACAUCCUCUCUUUUGCUUAUCAUCCAAAACGAAUUGGAUAUGAAAUCUCACGUGAAUUUGUGGAUCGCUGGUGGGAGUGUUCUUGGGUCUGUCCUGUUGAUUGGCUUGGCAACUGUUCUUAUAUGGAAAGUUUUAAUUGACAUGUAUGAUAGAAGAGAAUAUCAGAACUUCAUAAAGUCAUCCGCAGCCGCUGGCUACAAUGUUGAAAAUGCUGUCUACAGUCCACCCAUUGUUACUUAUAGGAACCCGAUGUGUGAAUCCAAAUGA